AUGUUUCUGAUUAAUUUAUCGCUAUCAUUUUGUUAUUGUGUCAUUUUAUGUCUGGCCAAUUUUUGUGUGGCUUGUAUUCCAACGCAACAAGUUGAAACAACAUCGACAUCUACCUCGACUUCGACUUCGACUAGCACAUCUACAUCUACCACAACAACUACCACCACCACCACAAGUACCACAACGAUUCCGUAUGGUAAGUUGCAUGAACCGCAAGUAAAACGUUCAAGAUUCGAUUUCCAGUCUGCCCAGUUUGCAAAGAAAUCUACGCAGUAACCUCUUGCCCAAAGGACACCGCAACCGAUUAUUGCCUAACUGCAGCACAAGUCGGUGGAGUAACCUAUACAUUAGGACAAAUGUCAGACGGUUAUGGCGAUGCGAACACCUGUUCAAUUGAUCUAGCAUGCCCUUCAGGUAUUCUUCCGGUUUAUACAAGAUCUGGAGGUUCAACUUCUUCAUUGGGUAAUUUGAUUGCAACGUGUUCUGAAUUGACUGGAGUUUGGCAGUUCAAACAAACCACAAAUGAUCCAAUUACUAAUGCUGUUUGUAGAGGGUUUUAG